AUGCAUUCCAAGGAGCUUUCACGUCUCCCAGAAGCUCUCGCAGUUCUCGAUUUUAAAAUUAUCGAGCCACAUUUAGUUGCUCUAGAUAGGCAUUUAAUACUGCGAACCUAUCUGGAAGGAUACUCGCUCUCCGAGAUCGACUCGAAGAUCUGGGUGGCAGUUCGUAGCAAUAAAGUUGCAGUAGCUUUCCUUAAACGAAAUCUCCUUGUCAACUUGGGUCGAUGGUUCAGCUAUGUCGAGAUAACACAUCCUGAAAUCCAAGAGGAAAUCAAGGCUCAGGUCGAGAAGGAGAAAGCCAAGCGAGCAGCAGCUAGUAAAGCUGGCGGUAGCUAUGCUAUGGCUCUGCAAGAUACAGAUAAAGGCGUCGUAACAAGGUUUCCACCCGAACCCUCAGGAUACUUGCACAUCGGACAUCUAAAAGCUGCAAUGCUGAAUGACUACUUUGCACAUGAUCUGUACAAGGGUACACUCCUACUGAGAUUCGACGAUACAAAUCCAUCUAAAGAAAAGCAAGAGUAUCAAGAUUCUAUUAUAGAGGAUCUGGCACUUGUUGGCAUCAAGCCUGAUAAGACGAGUUUUACAAGUGAUCACCUUGAAACUUUAUACGGAUAUUGUAUCUCCCUCAUCAAAGAGGGACAUGCUUACGCGGACGACACCGAUCAAGAGACAAUGAGAGAUGAGAGAAUGAAGGGUGUUGCCAGCAGAAAUCGUGAUCGAAACGUCGAAACAAAUCUUGCGAUUUUCGAAGAGAUGAAGAAUGCCACAGAGACUGGAUUGAAAAACUGUAUCCGUGCAAAGAUGAGCGUUGAUAAUCCUAAUAAAGCAUUAAGAGACCCAGUAAUAUACCGCUGCAAUCUCUUACCCCAUCAUCGUACAGGUGAGACAUGGAAGAUAUACCCAACCUAUGAUUUUGCUUGUCCAAUAGUCGAUUCAUUAGAGGGCGUUACACAUGCGCUCCGGACAACCGAAUACACGGAUCGGAACCCCCAAUAUCAAUGGUUUCUUGAUACGCUAAAGCUUCGCCAAGUUCAUAUGUGGGAUUUUGCUCGAAUGAAUUUUAUCCGAACUGUCCUAUCGAAGCGAAAGCUGACAAAGCUAGUCGAGUCUGGUGUUGUCUGGGGGUGGGAUGAUCCGCGAAUGCCCACAAUCCGAGGAGUUAGAAGACAUGGAAUGACGAUUUCUGCGCUACGCGAUUUCAUUCUUAAGCAAGGGCCGAGCCGCAAUAUUGUCGUGAUGGAUUGGACAAACUUCUGGGCCUCUAACAAAAAAGAAAUUGAUACUUUUGCACUGAGACACACAAGCUUUAAUAAGAUAAACUCAGUAAGGGCAAAGGUUAUAAAUGGCCCCGAAAGUCUAUAUUUUGAAGAUAAACCUAAAGUCCCCAAAAACCCUUCACUUGGAUUAAAAAAAGUUGCUUUCAGUUCUAAUUUGAUGCUAGAUCAGGAAGACGUCCAGCUUAUGAAGCUUGACGAAGAAAUCACCAUGAUGGCAUGGGGAAACGCUUUUGUCCGAAAGAUCAGCGGUUCUAGUCCUAUUACUGAAAUCGAACUAGAGCUUCACCUCGAGGGCGACGUCAAGUCUACAGAAAAGAAAGUUCAUUGGUUAUCGGCGGAUCAAGAUCUUGUCCCCGCAGAGGUGUGGGAGUUUGAUCAUUUAUUUACAAAAGAUAAGCUUGAAGAAGAAGAUAACUGGGAAGACUUUGUAAAUAGAGAUUCAGCAUCUAUGGUUGAGCAAUUCUGUGAUGUGAAUACGAAGGAACUAAAAGUAGAUGAUAUUAUCCAACUAGAGCGGAAAGGAUAUUUUCGAGUUGACAAGGCUGCUGCUGAGGGAGAAAAACUGGUGCUCUUCGGUAUCCCUACGGGCCGAACUAAAUAG